AAAAGACUGCUAUUCUUGUAAGUUCAACCAAAAUCUAUUUGUCCACUAAUUUAACAUAAACUUUUCUUUAUCUUGUGCCAUUAAAAUCUAAAUUUCUUUCUAUCAGUCUCAGUACCAGUACCACCAUCUCUUCUCCAAUCUCCAUGCCAUCCAGUGUAUUCACCAAUAGUCACAGCUCCACUCAGUUCGCCCUUCUCUUCCCCAACCUCUAACCUCCAACUGCCACGCCGUCGCCGAUUGCCUCCUGACAAAAAUGGAGUGCAAGUUGCUCUGGCUCACUUGCUCACCGCUGGUAUGUUCACCGAUCGUCACACGACUACCUCUCUCAAUUUCCCUUUCGUCUGUUAAGCUCAACUCUCAACCCCGAGUAGAUUUAAAGAGGUGUGUGAGCAAGGAUGAGCCACUCCUAGAAGGGCUUCCCAAGGAGUACUACGAUGAUGAAUGGCAAGCCCGACAGAGGGAGAAAACAAAGGAACUGCACCGAAAACGUCAAGAGGAACAGGAAGAAGAAGAAAGGAAAGUUGAAGAGUACCGUGAAAUUGGCUUGCGGUUAAAGGGGUAUCCAGAAGAAGAUGUACGCAAUGCUCGAAUAUUGGUUUCUAGCUUAAUUCGAGCUGCUGAAGAAGUGGAAGAGAAAAUCGAGGAGGCAGCUGAGAAAGGAGAACUUACUGAGCUUGUUCUAAUGGUCAUAUGGAAUCGCCUUGAUCUUGCUCGACGUGAUGAGGAAAAGGAUGCUAUUAGAAGUCUUGAUCUGCUGUACAGAAGAGUUGAGACAGAAAUUUUGAAAAGGGAGGCAACUCCUGCCAUGAGACUGCUCAACGAUCUUUUAAAUAUGCAUGAUGGGUUUGACGAUGAAGUGUGGUUGAAAGAAUGUAAGAAGCUCAUGGCAGACACUUUCCCACAAGAGGAUCCAUUUAGCAUCCUUGUUCCUGCAGGAUUUGACAUCGAUACGCAUCAAGGGCCUCUACGACCACCACUCGAUUCUGAUGAUGCCCUUCUGAGAGUCGACUUUGUGAGAGAGGUGGAUGCACUGCUACGAGAGGUGAGAACCGAACAGAGAGAAACAGAAACUGCACAAGGACUUGAUCCUGAAUCAGUAGCAAACAAAAUGAAGCAACAAGAGAAACAACGAGCCAUUCGCCAAGUAGAAGCUAUACUAGACCUGGCAAUUAACUUAUAUUAGUAACAAACGUUUAGGCAGUUGUAGUUGUAAGUUAUAUUAGAGACGUUUGACCCAUUAUUGGUCACUCGUGCAAAGUUUUGUACCUUAAAACCAUUAAUAGAAAAUCGAAUGCUGUUAAUCAUAGAAAUAAA